AUGGCUAAAGCACUGCAAAGCAGAAAUCAGGGGGGUUUACCAUCCACUACUGAGGAAAACCCCAGAGAGCAUCUCAAGGAUAUUGAGUUGAGAAGUGGGAAAGCACUGGAUGAUUCAUAUGCAGGACGUGCUACAUUUGAGGCGGAAAAGGAACAGUGUGAGGGUGGCGAGCCUGAAAAGGUAGUUGCUAAACCACCUCCACCACCUCCCUUUAUGCCAAAGGUGCCAUUACCACAUAGAGUGAAGAAGCCGCAAGACACUUGGAAGUUUCACAAAUUUCUUGAAACUUUCAAGAAGCUACAGAUCAACAUCAGUCUGGCAGACGCACUGAGAGAGAUGCCGCACUAUGCCAAAUUUCUCAAGGAGAUCAUCACCAACAAGCGGAGUUGGGAUGCAGAGGGACCAGUACCAAUGACAGAAAACUGCAGCUCAAUCAUAUUGAGCAACCUAUCGACCAAGCUUAAGGAUCCAGGGAGUUUCACUAUCCCUUGUACUAUUGGUAACAUGCAGUCUGUUAAUUGCCUGUGCGAUUUAGGAGCUAGUAUUAAUUUGAUGCCCUUAUAG